ACCAUAAGUAAUCCUCUAGUAAAUCAAGGAUCCGAAGCUUGUCGCAGGCACCAAGUUUAAAAAACAGCUGAACCAACCAUAUUUUCUAAACUAACCAUCUUGUUAGUCGCCAAUAAUAAUAUUUACAUCACCCAUACCACCAACUUGCAAAGAACUCUUGAUACAAUGGAAUUCUUGUCUUCAAACAAUAUAGGAUUCAUGCAACAAAGAGGAUCUUUUCCUUUGAGAAACAAUCUUGUGACAAAUAUCUCUGCUGCUAUUGAUGAACAUUUGAAGCUAUUGGGUAGUGGUUGUCCAAUCACGAACCAAUCCCAAACAGGUUAUUUGAAUAUUAAUCAAGUUUUAACUCAAUACCUCACUCAAUCAAGCAAUCCUGUUUUCAAUUCAAUGUUGGACCAUUCAAACUAUAAUUUAAAUAAUACUUAUCCAACUCAUCUUCAACUAGUGCCACAACAACAUAUUCAUACGGAUAUCAACACAACCCAAUCUUCUUCCAUCAUUUACCACAGUAUUGAGGAUUGCAUUAUUGAUGAAAACAAUUUAUUCAGUAACAUCAACGUGCUCAAUGCAGAUGAAACUAAGCAAACCAAGAUACUUGUCAUGCCAACUGUUUUAUAUGGAAAGUAUUUGCAACCUGUACUCGAUAGGAUCAAAGAAAGUUUGAUUCAAAAUGAACACGGGUUAACUUGCACUGAUAUUUCACUGGCUAAUGAACCAACUAUGUCAUUAGGUGUUUCUGAUCAAAAGGAAGACAUGAUUCGUACUGUGGACUCUGACAUGUCUGAGAGUGAAGAGGAAGAUGAUGAUAAAAGAAUUAAUCAACUCGAUAAAUCAUCAGCCAUUGAAAGUUCUAUAAUACCUAAAAACUCCAAUAACAACUAUAGCAAAAUAAGUAACAAGAAAGGUAUUAAGAAAAAGAGAAAGUAUAUCAAAUCUGGACUUUUUAGAAAAGACAGAAAUGGGCAUUUUCUAUUUUCAUCUGCUGAUAGGUCAAGGCUAGCUAGCUUAAUUGAUACAACACAUGGAUCAAUCAAUCCAGGAAGCGAAGUAUUAGAAUCAUCAGAUUCUAACAAUACUCAUUCAACUGUAUCAAGUUCUCCUGUCAACCCAAGUAAUGUAAGUGCUGAAGUUGUUGAAGAGGAUCGUUUAGGGUUUGAACUUUAUUGUAGAGAAACAGUUCCACUACAUAGAGAUGCUGCAUCGAAUUCAUUGUUACUUAGAGAGCAAUGGAAAGCUUUAAUGCAAGAUGAGCGUGAUCGCUAUUUGAAGCGAUCCGUUGUUAUGGGUGUCGCUCAACUGGGAGACCUUUCGAAUAGUGAGCUAUUUCUUCAAUUAGAUGAUGAAUUCUCGGAAAUAAUUAAGGAUAACAAUGGAAAGUACUCUCGAGUCAAAAGACCACUUAACGCAUAUAACAUUUUUUGCAAAGUUCACUUUCCAGAAUUCCAAGAACAAUAUCCUGAUUUAACUAUUAACCAAAUUUCUAAAUUUAUAGGUGAGAAGUGGAAAUCCCUUUCCAAUGAUGAAAAACAACCUUACAUUGAAAAGUCAAAAAAUUCAACUCCAGUCCUUAAGAAGCCACUCAAUGCAUAUAAUAUUUUCUGCAAAAUUCACUUUCUCGAAUUUCAACAACAACAUCCUAAUCUUACAAUCAACCAGAUUUCAAAAAAAGUUGCAGAAGCUUGGAAGAGUCUAAGUGAAGAAGAGAAAAACUCUUACAAAUCUCGAAAAUAAAUAAUAUUUCCCAAUUUCU